CGCUGGUCUCUUAUCAUUCAUUCGUAAUUCAGUGAAGAUGUGUCGAAGAAAAGGAACCAAUUUUUGUAUUGUGCUAGCCAUAAUAAUUGGUGUGACUGCAAAGCCACCACCACCACCUGGAGCACCAUGGGCACCGUACGCUUCAAAACCAGUAUACUACAGAUCUUUGGGUCCACCAUCGAGCCUUGAUAUGGGAACAAUAAAUGUCCCAUAUAUGUCAAAAUCGCCAAUGUUUCCCAAAUUUGUCGACCCAAAAAUGAUGAUUGCAAAGAAAACAGAACUCUUGAGUAAUUUAUUCGCCGGUUUGGGACCAGUCGAUGCUCCCGCAACUGGAAAGGAUGCAUUUCCCUUUCUAAAGUUAGCUGAACCUGAAAAUGCACCGGAGAAACGGGGACUUUUCGGUUCAAUGAUGGGUCCAGGUGGACCAAUGAUGGGUCCAGGUGGUCCAAUGAUGGGUCCAGGAGGUCCAAUGAUGGGACCAGGUGGUCCUAUGGGAAAAGGUAUGCCUGGUGGUCCAAUGGGACCAAUGGGCAAAGCAGGAAAGGCUUCCAUGUUUGGUUCGAAAUUUUCGAAAUUCGGCAAAACGGGAUUUCCACCAUUUGGAGGCUAUGGAAGUUCCAUGUACUCGGAAGCCGGUGAUUUUACUGGCUCAUCUAGUCGCCGACGAAGAAGCCUUGAACCAUCAACAAAGGAGAGUACAAAACAAGUUGGACCACCACCUCCAUAUCCUGGACUCGCAACAAUUCCCGAGGAACCUGAAAAGCAACUUUUGAAAUUAUUCCGCGAUUCUUCCGCUUAUCAAUCAGAUUUUGCUGAUGACUUCGAUCAAUCGAAAAAUACUGAAAAACGAGGACUCUUCGGCUCGUUUAUGAUGCCUUUUGGCUUUCCAGUUCCAAUGAGUCCAGUUUAUAAUCCAAUGGUACCAAUGGUAAAUCCAGCAGCACCAGUUGCUAAUCCAGCAGCAGCUAAUCCCUUGGCGAGUUUGUCUCUUGUUAAUCCAAUGUUCAAUCCAUUUCUUUCUAAAUAUGGAGUAAUGCCACCGAAUCUUCCAUUGGGACCUUCGGCAGAUUCCGAUACACAAGCAACGUCAUCGCGUCGAAGAAGAAGUGUUGGCGAUGAAUCAACAGUCACUGGAGAACAAGAGGGUUCUGAUCCAAAAGCACCACUUUUGAAGCUUCCCGGAUUCUUCCCAGGAAUGUACGGUCCAUUCGGUCCCAUGGCUGGUCCAUUUGGUCCUAUGGCUGGUCCAUUUGGUCCCAUGGCUGGUCCAUUUGGUCCCAUGGCUGGUCCUGGAAUUGCAAUGUCAAAAAAAGCAGCUUUUCUCGAUACACUUUUCAAAAAUCUCGCCACAACUCCAUCGCCAGCUGUCACUGAUGUUCCCGUUCCAAAAACUACAAUUGUUCCACCGAAUUUUUGGCUGCCUUCUUCCGUGAUUCCCGGUCCAACUGAAUACUCACAAAAGGUCUCUAAAUUUUUGGACAAACUUUUUAGUCAACUGGCAUUGAACGCUUCAUUAAAUUCAACCGCUCCGGACAAUUCAGCUGACGCAACCGUUAAAGUUGCACGAUCAGUGGACGAUUUCACAAAAAUUGCCGAUGCCAAAGAUUCAAUUGUCGACUCAAUUCUCACGGAACUUGGAGCCAUAAAAGGCAAUAUGAUUGCGACAAUGACUGAUCUUAUCAAUUAUGAAAAAUCAGUGGCAUUCAAUCCUUUACUUAAAAAACCAAGUAAAAAUUUAGCAACAAAUCUCUGGCCAUCGCCGACAGUUGAUGCAACAAUGCCAUUUCAACAGAGAAUGAUUCUCCUUGGUCAAGUGUUUGAUAUGUUGACAGCUUUGCAGAAAAAUAUCACAACUUCCGCUCAAGCAGCAAUGAAAGCUCAAUUGGCUGCCACUGAAGCACCAGUUGAAUCAACUUACUAUCCUCCCGUAGAAGCAUUGCCACCUUCCUUUUUUCCAUCAUCAAACUCGCCAGUUUUCAACACAACUCUUCUUGACGCAAUAAGAAAUAAACUAUCCAGCAUCACAUUCCCAUCAUCAUCAGCAGCUGCUUCUUCAUCUCCAUCAGGAUUUGGCUUCGUUCCACCAAAGUUUGCUAGAAAUUCUCCAUCAUCAUUUUGGGUGUCACAUUCAUCUAAUGAUGCUACAUCAAAAAGAGAAGUACCCGAAGAGCAAGAUGUUCUAUUUCAAGAUUUCUACAGGAAUAAUCAAACUCCACGAGGUGUAAAAAUGCAAAUGCAUCAAGGCUAUCAAAGUAUGCCACCCGGUGCUAUUGAAACCGUUCAAGCUGGAGGAAACAGUGUUCCUGGUCAUCAAGGAGGUGGAAUUAAUUUGCACAUUCAAAUGCCUUCAUCAAAUUCACGUUCGCCAGACUUUGAAAAUGAUAUGAAUUACAACAAUUAUGGUAAAAAAUGGGCCGAGUGGGGUGACUAUGUAAAAAAUCAAUUUGAAGGCAACAGACAUCAUCACAAUCAUCAUUAAAUUCUAUCAUGUGAGCAGGUUAAAAUUAUCAUUUUUCUCACGAAUUUUUGAAAUUCGUCGAAUGAAAAAAAUACAUUCUACAAUUUUCAUUUGUAAAAUUCUAGUAAUUGUACGUGAAUAAAAAUCAAAUUUAACGGACAA